UCCGGUUCAGGCUCUAUGACCCCAACAGAGAGCGGUUUGAAGUCCCACUCAAGAUCGACUCCCCCGGGGUUACCGCCGAUGAGGCCAACUAUGACGUGGAGUUUGUGGAUGACGCCUCACACUUCAGGAUCAAGAGGAAAAGCACUGGCACUGUGCUGUGGGACAGUCCCCUGGUUGAUCUGUUUUUCUCCAACCAGUAUCUUCAGAUAACAACUACUGUGCCAUCCACUUCGGUGUAUGGGUUUGGUGAACAUGAGCACCUGUCCUUCAAACACAGCAUGGACUUCAUUACGUAUGGCAUGUUAAAAAACAACGCCAUUUGCCAACCUCUAUGGAGUUCACCCUUUCUAUAUGUGCGUAGAAGCUGACUCCAAUGCCCACGGUGUUCUCCUUCUGAACUCCAAUGCACAAGAAGUUUCUCUGAGUCCAAAUCCAUCUUUAACUUUCCGCACUAUUGGAGGGAUUCUUGACUUCUAUGUCUUCCUUGGACCAACUCCUGAAAACGUAGUUCAGCAAUACACAGAGGCCAUUGGACGCCCACACAUGCCUGCCUACUGGUCUCUGGGAUUUCAUCUCUCCCGAUGGGGUUAUGGCAGCAUUGAUGUUUUAAAGAAAACUGUUGAUCGCAUGCACUACUAUGAUAUCCCAUAUGAUGUCCAACAUCUUGAUAUCGACUACAUGGAACGUCGCCUGGACUUUACCUAUGAUAAAGUGAAUUAUGCAGGUCUGCCAGAAUACCUCCAACAGCUGAAGAAGGAAGGAAUGCACAAUGUCGUGAUUCUG